AUGGCCGACGAGUGGCAGGAAUCCACAGAAUACGAAUACUCGAACUACCAUGUCAAGUGGCUCGGGAAAAACUACAAGCUAGGCGAUCCAACGCAUGGAUCGAUCCUGGAUUCAGAUCUCGAAGACUUUGCUAGGGAAGAACAUCUUCGUGCAGAGAAAGCAAAACAUAGCCAAUCACUGAGAAGUGCCCGCGUCCUUUGUGCCUUUCAUGGUUAUGGAAGAAACUCUGUAUGGCCACCGGUUGACCCGGGAAGGCCAACUAAAGAGCUUGCGGAAGAAUUCAGGCAUGUCAACGUUCUCGUUGAAUCGGAAUGGUCGAGAUUGAAUGAACUCGUAGUCGGCAAAGAGCGAGAGAUCCAGGAGACCAUUAUCAACCUCACUGAUGGAAAAAUCAGAGACCAAAAUGGAGAGACUCUACGCAUUCAAGACUGCCUGGAGAACAGCUGGGAAGAGGCUACAACCGCAUUCAAUGCCCAAUACACCAACAACCGUUCAAAGUCAAGACCCGGUCACAUGGACAGUGAUUUCAGCCUAGAUCCUGACGGCCAUAUCAACCCCAACCAUUCAAGUGAUCUCGACGAGUUUGCCCAUGAAUACCUCCGCAACGUCAGAGUCAACUUCCACUGGGAAAACAACGGUAUACCGAGGAGACUUGAGGAAAAGAGACAGUACCCACUCUACCGCAAUACAGGGAACUAUCAUGACGAAAGGCAGGCCAUGGAAGAUGCUAUCAUGGACGAUGUCAAGUUCCGAAAUUUGAGGAAACCGAGCCCAGACCCUGCAGUAGACACCUCCGAACAAGCCUGGUGCAACUACGAAGUUGAAGAUGUACUGCGAAAGCACAGAGCUCGCUUCUUGGUCUCACACAUCAACAAGGAGGAUCUUUCUAUCCCGCUCAAUCUGCUCAUGUUCAUCCACUAUCGGGCCCGACUUCACCCCAUUGACUUUGUCUUCCAAGAUAACAAUCGCAUGCACCUAGGAAAGCAGUCCCAUAUUUUGUCAGGCGCUUGCGAUCCUUCGUGUUAUGUCAUGUUUGUCCCGGUGAAAGACUAUGAGUACGGAAAACAAUACCAUAGAGCUUGGUGUGAACCUAGACCCUUUCUACGAUACUCAUCCGGGAUGGAUGAAAACAGAUUUGAGAACUUACAAUCCGCCGGACGGAUGUUCGGUAGCAUGGAAGCAUGGCUUAUACUGCAUUCCCAAGCUAUUACAUACCUAUUCUUGGCUACUUUCUGCAGACAGAUGCUUGAUCUAGCAAAGCAGGAGCUGAUCACAGGCCACAUUAGCAAACUCAGCAAAGAGGAAAUUCUGGAAAUUGGGACUUCAGCAAGACAAAAGAUCAAGAUGAUGAAAGAAAAGAAAGGAGCCGAAACAAUGCAAGACAUCGCGUCCAUUCGACAGUAUGAGCCAAAUUGCACCGGGGUCAACCUACAAAGGUAUCGCACCAAGCUCAAGGAAAAAUGUGCAGCGGCUGAAGAACACAUCAAGAAUCUUUUUGACAACCCCGCCUAUCUAGUUAAAUACAUCAUGGAACAAAAGGAUCAUCAUUGGACUAAUCUUAUCGAAGACUCAACCUAUCUUACAAACGAGUACUCUCAAAACUACCACGAUGGAGUCUUGCGCAGAGUACUAUAUCGAAGUUGCAUGAGAAGUGUACUUCGAAGAGCCUUUUUCGAGUUCUUCAUCUGGGAUGCUGUUACAAAGGCCUUGGAAGACUUUGAAACCUUCGAACGGGAGAGACUUCAAGAAUCACCCACGAUGGAAGAAUUCAGAUACUGCAAGAUGACAGCUGUAUCUAGGCCCCAUCGUUCUGCGGAAUUCCAUUCCUAUACAGCGACAUACCAUCAACUUCAGGAGUUGAUUCGGCACGCCGCGGCUUUCUUCAUCUUCGAAUUCCGUAAAGAAGCAAUUCAUGCCGCGUCUGAGCCCAUGCGGAACAUUUACCAUACCACUAGAAGGCCAGAGUACAAGCGGGACUGGCUGAUCAGAGAGUACUAUGACAGCGAAGACAUUAUGCUUGACUUCCAAGAAGAGGCUCUGGACAGUGGCCGAGAGGGAAAACAUCGUAUCGUGGCUGAGCUCAUUGAGAACUUCAUUUCGAACAAACAUUCUUCCAUGUAUGUCGGCAUCCGGAAGACUACGGAUAAAGUAAAGAGGCAUAUUGAAGCCCACAACAACGAUGUUGAGACAGAAGACAAGUUCUCCAAUCUGAUCAGCCAAACAAUCGACGGCUUGGACUUGCUCGCCGAUGUUGCAGAGCAUCUGGAACUCAUACCAGGCGUGUUUCGCAAAUUUAACAAAUGGACGAAAGAGGCCGAAAAAGAAUGUCGCGAGACGGUUUCCAGGAUGCUCCAGGAGUUUUCAUCCUAUGACCUCCUUGCGCUCGACAACUGUGAUUUUCAAGACCAACACGUCCCUGACAAACGGACGCAUCGAAUAUUCCGCUUUCUCGACGAAUUGCAAGGAUAUGAUGUGAAAGAAAAAGAGAUGAGCUUCGGUAAGGCGAAGGGCGACAUCAAGCGCUUUGGUGCCUCUCUUCUCAGGGGGCUUAUCUAUCCAUUGAAUGAGAAAGCCGAUAAACUUGUAUAUCGGCAGAAAACAUGGGGCGUGCGAGUCAUGCCAGGUCUAGGCAAAGGAAAAGUAUUCCCAGCAAAUGGACGGGCCCUCGAGCGUCUGACGAAUUGCAUGGGAAUUACCAGGGAGCAAUUCCCGUUUGCUGAAAAUGAAGUUCCUCUCGAUCUCGAUGCGCAAGAAUCCAACCGUAUGCAGAAGACCUCUGAGCAGGAAAGAGAAAUUACCUCAGAAAUCUGGUCAGGCCUCAAGGAAGCCAUGAUAAAACGUCGGCAUGAGCAGAAUAACAAGUUAAGGAAUUUGAAGAAGCGCAAUAAAGAUAAGGUGCUGCCAUCGAGGUCGUCCGAGCCAUACAGGGUCGGCAAGAAGGACAUUAAGGGAAAGGCGCCUAUACGAACGACGGGGAUGCAAGUGCGAGAAGAAAUGGAGGCGCUCAACGAUGUAGAGAUGGAGGACGUGGACUUUGAAGUUUUACCGAUGAUGAUUAGCCAAAUUGGCCGUGAAAAACCUGGAGAAUCUUCACGAACGAACAUCGAGCCAGAGCCAGAGCCAGAGCCAGAGCCAGAGCCAGAGCCAGAACCAGAACCAGAAUCUAAAACCCAGCCCCUGAAUGCACCUGAGGAAGAAUUCAAUGCUCGGCCGGAGCGUGAACGUGGUCCCAGCAAAUGGAAGCCUCCGCGUCCAACGCCGGCACGUCGUACCGAACCUGUUCCGCCUCCUGGCAUGGCACCAGAUGGACAACCCAAGAGAGAAAUCAACAAGCAUGCGUGGGAGACACUACAGUCACUCACGCUGCGGAAAAUAACAUUCACCAACGCUUCUGGGAAAAAGACUAAAGAAGCACUCCCAGCGGUUACAUUGAACGAUAUUGAUAGUACAUUUGUCGGUGAGCUCGGGUUUCGUAUGGAAUUUGGGAAGGGCCGGCAUCGUAAGUUCAUUUGGAAUAAGGAUUGUGUAUUGCCAGAAUCGAGUCUGGGCAAGAAUUUCAACUUCAAUCCUGACAAAAAAGCGACAAAAAGCUCGGACUUGAUACAGGAAACAAUGAAAAAUUACAAGAAUUGUUUAGAGGAAACUGGAAUUGAUUACGCCUUUGUAAAGCGGUGGUUCAUACAGAAGAAGGAGACGAAGGAGAAGAAAGAGACGGAGAAGAAGAAAGAGACAUAG